AUGAUCGCUAAGCUAUCUGUUGUGUUCUCUGUGCUUGCGAUUAGUAACGCGUUUCCAACUUUCAUUGGGCGAGCUGCUGGGCUUCCGCAUUUAGCAAUUGGGUUUAACAACCGGCUUAUCAACAAUAUCGGUGGUAUCAGCCAAUCAAGUGGAACUUCAGCUUUAUCAUCCCAAAAUGGCGGCAACAGAGCACACGGCGCUAGUUUCGCUUCCUCAGGAAAUAACGCCCACAGAGUCAGCCACACUCAUGCUGUACCUCAUCAUUCUCAUCUACCUCAAGGAUUACAACAGUCCGCUGCUUCUGCGUUCAGCAAUUCAUUUGGGACAAACUAUGGAACAGCAUUUUCAGCUGCACAAAACUUUGGCAAUUCAGGACUAUCCUUAUCUUCUGCUCAAAAUCACAACGGCUUCGGAUCAGCUACAUCGGCUGUUCAGAACAAUGGUAUAAGAAAUCAUCAAUCUGAUGCAUCUCAAGCCUACAACGGACGUAACGGAUAUGAUUCUGCGGUAUCUAGUGUAAAUUCGAACGGCUUAGGUUUUGGAGUAGCACAGUCUGCUGCACAGAAUAUUGGUGGAUAUGGUUCAGCUGUAUCAUUCUCUCAGAACCAAGGAUUAAAUAACUUCGGCGCAGCUAUUUCUGCAGCAAACAACAAUAGUGGAUUUGGAUCUAGUUUCGCCCGGUCAGCGCAACAACAUGGCAGGUACCAGCAGCAGAGUGAUGCUAGCAGCAUUAAUGCUCCUGGAAUCCAGGCCACACAAUCACAUGCUCUUAACAACGGUUUUUAC